GUGAAAUUGAAAUAAGACAGAAGAUAAUACACAGUACACAGUCCCACAGUCCCAGUCCCAUAGCCACGAGAGGCCGAUAGGGGUUUGUAUUUUGUGUUUGCCAUGAUCAGCCAUAUUUUCUAAAAAGGGAGUGUAAAUUUCUUUACAAGUUUUCAAGUGAAAAAACCACUAGAUUAUGUCAGCAGCUGGUUCUAGCGGAUCAGGAAGAGGCAGAGGUGGACAAGCUACAGUUGGAGAUCAGAAAGAAACGAAAGAAACCAAACCGAACCCAAAAAUGUCGAAAGCUCUUGGAACAUCGGCCAAACGCAUUCAAAAAGAAUUGGCAGAAAUCACCCUAGAUCCUCCCCCGAAUUGCAGUGCUGGUCCCAAAGGUGAAAAUUUCUACGAAUGGGUAUCUACUAUCCUAGGCCCACCUGGUUCAGUCUAUGAAGGUGGUGUCUUUUUCUUGGAUAUUCACUUUUCACCAGAAUAUCCCUUCAAACCACCCAAGGUAACCUUCCGCACAAGAAUCUACCAUUGCAAUAUAAACAGCCAAGGUGUUAUUUGCCUUGAUAUCCUGAAAGACAACUGGUCACCUGCACUUACUAUCUCCAAGGUCCUACUGUCAAUAUGUUCCUUAUUGACUGACUGUAAUCCAGCCGAUCCUUUAGUUGGUAGUAUAGCCACACAAUACCUGCAAAACCGCGAGGAACAUGAUCGUAUAGCCCGGCUCUGGACAAAACGUUAUGCCACGUGAUUUAUUUGCCCCUCUGGCUCUUUCGUUAACGUAUUCCGUUCUGCCAGUAAUGGCAGCAAAACCGUAUUUUCAUAUUGUUGUGUAUAAUUUAAAUUUAUAAUAUCUAAGUAGCUCUUGUAAUUCUGUAACAGCCUUUUUUUGUUCCAAUGAUAGGGUAGGUUAGUUUUUUUUUUAAAUGGUGCUUUUUUGAUUUAAAUGUUUUAUGUGAAGGGUAGAAACUUACAUUAGGAUCUCAAAGCGCUUGCAGGUCGACACCUCAAAAAAAGUUUUUGUUCUUCCACCAGUAGCCAAUAGUUUCUAGCCAAAAUUUAAUUAUUAUAAUCUUACAGAGACCGGGUGUUUUCUUUUCCAUGUUCUUUCCAUCUCGAUUUUUAGGUACACUAUAAUAUGGCGGAUUAACCAACUGACUUGUUUAUUCAUACUACACUAAUAGAGAAUCCCAUAACCCAGCAUGUGGUUACAGGGAUUUUCAUUCCUAUCUUUCUGAGACACUC